CAAUUUAAAAACCAAAAGAAAAGGGAAGAGGAAAGGGAAUGAAAGAUGGCCUUUCUCUCUCCUUCGCUCUCAUCAGCUCGAGCCCCGACAGCAAGUGUGAGCUACUGAACUCGAGACCCUCCUGUCGCGCGGCGCGGCGCGGCGAGAGUGGCCUUUUGAUCCGACGAAGCUAUCUAAGACCCUGCCAAUGUCCAUUUGGAGAUAGGAUGUCGGAACAGCAGGAUAGUACUAGUAAAAGCUCUAGCUCAAGCAUCAGCAGCAGUACACAGGAGAGCGAGGAGGAGGUAUCUAUAACAAUAGGUAGCCUCCUCGCCCAAGCAAAGAACAACAGUGGGCAUAGUCUUGGAAGGCGCCUCUCUCAAUUGGGUUCAAUCCCGCACACUCCUCGAGUUAAUGGAAAAAUCCCUAAUCUUGAUAAUGCAACUUUGGAUCAUGAAAGAUUGUCGGAAAGGUUGGGAAAUUAUGGUUUGGCCGAGUUUCAAAUAGAGGGUGAUGGAAAUUGUCAGUUCCGAGCUUUGGCAGACCAGAUAUUUCGCAACCCCGAUUAUCACAAACAUGUGAGAAAGUUAGUCAUGAAACAGCUAAAGGAAUUCAGAAAACAGUAUGAAAGCUAUGUACCUAUGGAAUAUAAAGUCUACUUGAAGAAAAUGAAAAGAUCUGGGGAAUGGGGGGAUCAUCUGACUUUACAAGCAGCUGCAGACAGGUUUGGUGCCAAAAUUUGUUUGCUGACGUCAUUCAGAGACACCUGCCUAAUUGAGAUAGUCCCCAGGGAUGUGACUCCCACAAGGGAGUUGUGGCUAAGCUUCUGGUGUGAAGUGCACUACAAUUCCUUGUACGCAACUGACGAUCUCCUAACCCGCAAAACCAAGAAGAAGCAUUGGUUGUUCUAGGGCGUCUCACCUCGAGCUUCCUUGAGCUUCUGCUGCUGCAGUUCUUUUCCCUUCAAGUUAGCAGCAUCUGUGGUGCUUACUAGUUUUACUACCAUGGCAACCCAGCCGGCACUGCAAUUCCCUAACCUGAAAGAAGAGCUUAUGUACAGUUUAACUUUCAGUAGUAUGUUUCGCAAGGUACAAACCUAGAACUGUGCAACUUUCAGAUCCAUGAGUCCCAUGUUCUACCCGGCGAGAUGUAGUUUUGUUUUUGCAUAGUAUAUUGUGAUCUAUCCAGGUGCUUGCUUUGUAAAAUCAUCAUGUGAGCUGGCUAGAUUUUUUACCAUAUAUAAGCUUCAGUUGAAUUCUCGAAUUCCAAAGAUCGUUUUGCUAAA